GCACCCUCCACUGCGGCCUAGGGCAUCAGCUACGCGCACUCCUCCGAAUCUCGGAAAAUCCCGCUCCCCUCUGCUGCGGACUAGGCAGAUCUAUCGACGUCUCCAAGUCCAAGGUCGAGCGGCGGCGGAGGUCCCCUCCAACGGGACAGCUGAAUUUGUUCAAUGGAGGACCUACCGGAGGCUCUGGUGACAGAGAUUGUCAAGAAGAUCACCAGGACAAGUGAUCUGAAUUCUCUUUCCCUCGUGUCAAAGCAGCUCUACGCGAUAGAGGGGAAUCAAAGGGGUGCUAUCCGUGUUGGUUCUGGUCUUUGCACUGCUACAGAGGCACUAAAAUUAUUGUGCGCCCGGUUCCCAAAUUUGUCGAAAGUGGAAAUCGAUUACUCUGGUUGGAUACCUGUACAUGGAAAGCAGUUGGACAACAAAGGCCUUUUUGUGUUUUCAUCUCACUGUUCCUCGCUGAUUGACCUCACCUUAAGCUUCUGCUCAUACAUCGAUGACUCUGGGCUUGGUUGUUUAGCUUCUUGCAAGACAUUGGAGUCACUCAGGGUGAACUUCACACCACAAGUAACUUCACUUGGGCUUUUCUCGGUUGCAGCUGGUUGCACUAGUUUAUGUGCUCUCCACCUUAUUGAUUGCGAGAAAAUCGACAGUGUAGAGUGGCUGGAAUACCUUGGCAGGGAUGGUUCGUUGGAAGAGCUUGUAGUGAAGAAUUGCGAAGGAAUCAAUCAUCAUGAGCUCCUAAAGUUUGGUGCAGGAUGGAUGAAGCUCCAGAAGUUUGAGUUUGAGGGGAAAAUAAGAAUAUCUCGUAUUUUUCCAAGUGAUGUCUAUGACCCCUCGUAUGAUGCUCACAGCACGGCUAUAUAUGACUUCUGCUGUGAGGGUUUGAAGGACUUAAGGUUGGCACAUAUUAAAACUUGGCCAGAUAUAGGACUUCGUGUUGUCCUAGGGAAGUGUAAAGCAUUGGAGAACCUUUGCCUUGAGUAUGUUAAUGCCCUAAAUGACAAUGACAUGAUUGCAUUAUCCCGGGGCUGCAGCAACCUUAAAAGCAUCUCACUUUGGCUCAACCUUCAGCGGUACCAUAAUGAAGCCACGACGUCAUUUACUGAUAUCACCCUUUACGCUCUAGCCCUAAACUGUCGUAAGCUUCAGAUCUUAGACCUCAAAUUUGUAGGAUGUUCUCCUGACUGGCCAUCAGAAAUUGGAUUCACACAAAAAGGUUUUCUGGUGCUCAUUCAGUCCUGCCCGAUUCGAGUUCUUGUGCUACAUAGUGCCAACUUCUUUGAUGACGAUGGGAUGAAGGCCCUCUCAUCCUCACCAAAUCUGGAGACUCUUGAGCUUAUACGUUGUGAAGCAGUACCUGAUGUUGGGAUGCGCUUCAUUGCACACGCCCCAUGCUUGAGUAAUCUCACACUUCGGGUGUGUCAUGAGGUAACUGAUGUUGGAGUGGCUGAACUGGGACAUGCACAUAAGUUAGAGUCUUUGGUCAUUGAGUGUUGUCGUGGAGUCUCUCUGCAAGCUAUGCAGGGUGUUGCCAAAUCAGUUCACUACUCCAGUGAGGCGGCUUCAGAUGCCCUUAGCAAAUUGUUUUGAGUGGUGUCUGUUCAUGAAAUGGUAUCCAUAUUUUUCAGUAUAAAUUUGCUGGUGAAGUCAUUUAAGUUGUUGUGUGUGCACCAUUGGACAAGGUUGUGCAUCAUCCAACCUAGAUUCACUUCUGUGAACUUUCUAUUGGUUCUAGGUUUACUGAAUUGACUAUCCUGUAUGACAGUCUAACGAUGAACUUUGGCCGGUAUCUGGUUAAUGAGACUUCAAUAGUAGCCAGCACUUGUGUACUAUAGUAUAUAUCUACUUCCAUAAUUUUUGUUGCUUAAUUUCUGCUCUCUAUAGCCGUUUUGAAACAAGCAUAAAAUCGGCUCCAGGAUUCCUACUCUCUAAGCAAAUGUCAUGAACCUUUUUUUUA